UGCCUCUUCCUCAAAUUCUUCAGAGAAGAAGAGCCAGUACCUGACAAGGCGGAGGACUAUGGUUUUUGGUCAAGCGUUUUAGUGGCUUCCUUGCUCAAUUUUAACCCUCUUAGUUCCUCAUCACCACCUUCGUUUCACCUUGCGCUUGCCCAACAGCAACAGCUGGAUGAGCUUCAGCAAGCAGAAGACCGAGCAGUGCAACUUUUCCAGGUCUCUUACUCUCCGGGUCACAUUUUUUCUUCUCUCUGCAGUUGUUUUUUCGGUGCUCUCAAGCUGAUUAUUUGUUUUGGAAGUAGUGGAUGCAAGGACCUGUUGACAGGAAUAAUCCUGGAGGUAGGAAGGAAAGCAGAGGAAGCAGAAAAUGCAGAAAAUAAAACGCAGAGAAGUUUGUUGCAGCCAGGUGUUAAAAAGCACAGUGGAAAAGUACCUCAAGCUCAGCUUAUAAAAUUGCUCCAUAAGUUUCUCCUGAUUGACAAAUCCCAAGCGUUUCCUCCUAGUGGUGAAGUGUACCGCGUGGUUACAAACUACCAUGUUGUAGCUAAAUUGGCUACAGAUGGGAGUGGUUCACAUCAUUGUAAGGUUUAUCUAGCAGAUGCAAAGGGCAAUGGUUUUUACAGGGAGGGCAAGAUUGUUGGUGUUGAUCCAGCAUAUGAUCUGGCUAUCCUUAAGGUUGAUGCUGAAGGUUAUGAAUUAAAGCCUGUUGUUCUUGGCACCUCACAAACUUUACUUGUGGGUCGGAGCUGCUUUGCCAUUGGAAAUCCUUAUGGAUAUGAGAACACGCUGACAACUGGGGUAGUCAGUGGUUUAGGAAGGGAGAUUCCUUCACCAAAUGGAAGUGCCAUUCGAGGAGCUAUUCAAACAGAUGCUGAUAUCAACGCAGGUAAAUUACACUUUCCUUCAAAUAUGUUAAAAGUCUUUUUAUAAACGUCUUGAUAGACGUCUCCUUUUCUUUUUAUUAAGUAGAUCAUAUCAGCUUAUGCAAUGACUUUUAAGCCCAUCAUAUAGAAAACAAAAAGCAUACUCGUUUUUUUAAAUGCAGCAGUUGCUUUUUGUUAUUAAUGAGGGAUUGUAAAAUCAGUUUCAUUUCACUUUGCCUAGCCAUCAUGUUAUACUCAUCAGCUUUAGGUUUAAUAUGUUUGACAAGAUGGUACAAAAUUUUGAUAACCAUAUGUGGUUGUAACAUUUAAUAUAUAUAUAUAUAUAUAUCAAACGAAAAGGAAGGGAGACAGAAAGAGUGACCAUUAAGGAACAAAUCAGAAGUGAUUGACGAGUUAAAGUACCAGGCCUUCUUAGAAAUGGCGUAGUGGUGCUAUACAAUUCGUAUUUACGAAAAAUUACUUGCUGAGAGCUUAUGCACUCGCUCCAGGGGCUUUAUUCCCAAAUACCUACUGUCAAUCAAAAAAAUUAGACCUCAACACGUACAAUAUAUGAGAUAUUUGUGUACAGAUAUGUAUAAAAAAAGGAUUUAUACUCUCUUUGUAAUUGAAUUCCUCAGCAUAUUGUGAAUGAGAUUGCAUGAUAAUGCAAAUAUACAAGAUAGAGACUUUUUACCUUAUCUUGAACUUAUGUUGAUUUCAAAAACUUGAUGCAAAUAAAUGAAUUUUUAUUAUACGCCUUCGAGCUAUAUAUCUUCGUUUAAUUCUGGUCAUUGAAUAAAUAAAACUUCAUGAAUAACUAAUAGAUUUUCCUUCUUUCAAUUAUUCCUUUUCCCUUAUCAAUACACAAAUAUAUAACUCUCUAGGAAUUUCAAUUGCGCUUAUAUUCAUCAUUGUUGGAAUUGGGUUCAAGCUUUCCCUAGCCCCUUCUCAUCAAUGGACUCCUGACGUAUACGAAGGAGUGCGGUUCGUUCAAUAAAUUCCUACCUCUCUAUCUAUCUCUGAGAGGUAGAGAGUAGAGAAAUUCUAUACCCAUUUGGACCAAGACAUAAUUUUUACUUGUUCAAAUAACAAUUAAGGUGAAGCAGGGUUAGGAACAAUGAAUCUUUUUAUGAUAAACAGAUUCAUUUUGCAAGUUCGUUAUGAUACAAUUUUUGUUAUCUAGAGUCAUUUUUUCGUAUUUCUUGUACACUCCACUGAUAUGAUUGGUCAAAAUAGUUAUUUUAUAUUAAAAAAAAGUAAUACAGCCAAUCAUAUUAGUGGAGUGUGCAAAGAGUAUGCAAAACUGACUACACAUAAAAUUUUUGUCGGAAUAAACAUUGAUAGAAUUUUUUUAAAAUUUUUAAAAAACAGAUUUUUAACUUAAGAUGUAUAU